AUGGAAUCCUCUGGAAUUCCCUCGAAAAUACAUGUUAGCGAAUCGGCUAGAUCUCAGGCAAUAAAAACAAAUCCUUCAUUUUUAUUUACAGAAAGGGGAAAUAUUGAAAUGAAAGUUUGUUUUUUGAAAAGAAUUUAUAAAUUAAUUUUCGAAUUUAAGGGAAAGGGAAUGAUGAGAACUAAUUUUUUGGAAAGAAAUGAUAGAAAAAGUGUUUGGGAAAUUUGUGACAGACCUAGACAAGCACACCAAAGUAUUGAUGGUUAUCAGGAACUUCAUAGUGAUAUAUGCCCGGACCAAUUAUCGGAUUUAGAUGAGAAAACAGUAGAUAGAAAAGAAUUAACAAUAAUCCAAGACGAAACAAAUCCUCUAGAUGGGACAGAGCAUGACAGUUUAUCCAAUAGAGGAUUCGAAGAAAAUAAUAGAGAAAAUAAUAAUAAUAAUUUUCAGCAAAACGGCACAUUACCACAAAAGACAAAAAAGAAAUUAAGUAAAAAAGAAAAAGCAGAAAAUCAAAUUAAGAAUGGAAAUAAACAACAAAAAACAAAAUCUAAACUUUGUUUAUUGCUUUAA